AUGUCGAAGCCCGAAUUCUCUCUUCUCGUUAUUGGUGGUGACGGCAUUGGGCCCGAGGUCUGCAACGAGGCCACUGCCGUGCUCGAUCUUUUAAGUGCCCUUCCAAACAGUCGUGCCACCUUCAAAUACAUCCACAGACCGUUCGGGGGCUCGUCUAUUGACCAGCAUGGUGUCUCGGUUACCGAAGAGACGCUCGAGCAGGGCAAGAAUGCCGAUGCCAUUCUCAUGGGCUCUGUUGGCGGUCCCAAGUGGGAUGGCAUGAGGCAUGGCUUCGAAGGCCCCGAAGGUGCCACCCUCCGACUUCGUGAGGUCACCGAUGUCUACGCCAAUAUUCGACCUUGCGAAUACUUUCCUGGAGGUCGGACCCCGCUCAAGGAGGAGGUUGUCAAAGGCACAAAGUUCAUUGUGCUCAGAGAAAAUUGCGGUGGUGCGUUCUACGGGCCAAAGACGGAGGAACCGGAUUAUGCUUCAGAUCUCUGGGCUUACAAAAAGUCUGAGAUUCAACGCACUGCCCGAAUGGCUGCUCAUCUCGCCAUGUCUGACGCAGUUCCUGUCAAGCGCGUCAUAAGUUGCGACAAAGCAAAUGUCCUAGCUUCUUCCCGGCUAUGGCGCCGCGUCGUACAGGAGACAAUCACCAACGAAUACCCCGAGGUCGAAGUAGUUCAUCAGUUGGCUGACAGUGCGACUACUCUCAUGAUGAUGAAGCCAACAAUGUUCAAUGGUGUCGUUGUCGCAGACAAUACUUUCGGUGAUAUUUUGUCUGACUUGGCCGGUGUCAUUCCUGGCACUCUGGGCGUCCUCCCGUCUGCUUGCCUGGCCGAUCUCCCCUGCAAGAAAUGGGGCGACAAGCCCACUAAGGGAUUCUAUGAACCAGUUCACGGAUCCGCCCCAGAUAUAGCUGGCCAGGGAAUUGCCAAUCCAGUUGGAGCUAUUCUUAGCGUCGCCCUGCUUCUCCGCUAUAGUUUUGCGAUGGAGCAGGAGGCUCAAGCCGUCGAGAUCGCUGUCCAUAUGACGCUCGCCGCCGGUAUCAAAACGAAAGACAUGAGCGGGUCGGCCUCUACCAGAGAAAUGGGAGAUGCAGUAAGGAGAAAUUUGCAAAAGGUCCUAACCACACCCAAUUAG